AUGGACGUCGAGACGACAGCUAAGCAACAAGCAGGUCCCUCCCAGCUGAGCAAACAUCGCAAACCUAAAGCUUCUCAUUCAACCAAGGCUCUAUAUGAAAGGGAGGUGGUUUUCGUCAGGCGCAAAUCGGGAUUAGGAGCUUUGAUAAGGAGAUGUAAAAGUUUAGUCAUGGAUGAGGGUUACAUCACGUCAACGUUACACGCCUUGAGCGCUGCCAUAUCACACGGCUUACUCCUCCUAGAUGAGGCAUCUACUCGCCCGGAUCUCUCAACCGCUGGGGGAUUGGAAGAGGAAGAGUUCGUCGGGAUUGGAGCUAUGGAUAACGCGGGACCUCAUUGUGAUCAUGGAUGA